CUCAACGUGAUACAUUCUUCUUUGAGGGUAAACUCAACGGUUAAAAAACGGUGACGCUGUAAUGUGUCAUUGUUUUGUAAAUGUAUGUUUCCUGUCGACAUGUGUUUCCCGAUGCGUCCCCCCUCGGUGAUCAUGAUUAGGAUGUGGUUGGGUCAGGUAAAGGUGGGGGAGAAUCACAUAUCGACGAGGAAACAAACUACUAGAGACAAGAUAAAAAUCGUCCGGCGUCUUCCGGUUGGGACCGGAAGUUGCCUUUGUUGUUUACAUUCGUAGGGGUCUUGCUAACUGGCGAACAAAAACGCUAGCAGCCUUCCCAUUAAGACUAUGGCUGACAGUUGAUUAGGUUUGUGUAUUUAUUGCAGUUUUUACUGUAUUUUCUUUCUGUCGUCGCUCGGGCCAUGGCUGCGGGUCGCUGCUGGUGCUGUCUGUGGGCAACGUUACCGCUCCUGCUCCUGCUGCGGUGGCAGGGGCUGCUGGUGGCGGCGGAGCAGGUCGCUCUGGUGGAGGUUUUCCUGGAGCAGCGGCCCGAUGUCAGCGCUCUGCUCCAGGGGGAGGUGGUGGAGUCCAGCGGGGGUAGCGGGAGCUCCGAGGACCGGAAGGAGCUGGAGGGAGAGCUGGUCCUGGUUCAGGAUGAGGAGAUGCAGGUGAGCGGAGGGAAAGACGAGGACGAAGCCAAAGAGCAGGAGCCGUGGUUUGGGGUGGUGCCCGUGGAGAUGGACGACAGCAAAGCCUCCACUGGGAACCAGGAGUCGUUUGCUGAUGCAAUGGUCAAUAAAAUGAAGCGAGCCUUGGUCCUCGGAGCUUCAGCGCUGAUCAUUCUGGCUCUCAAUCAAAACACCGUCAGUGAGAUGGAUCUGUCUCAGGUGCUGUCUAAGCCCAUCAUUGUGAUCCAGACAUCUGAAAAUGUCACUAAGCUGAUUGGAGCUCUGCUCAGGGGGCUUCAGGCGACAGCGAAAAUCACGUACAAGACGAUCCUGCAGGACAACCUGGGAGCCACGCUCACGCUGUGGUCCAGCUGCGGCCGAUCGAGAGGCGGACGCUACGGGGAGUGGCAGGGGGUCAUCUGCACGGGAGAGACCAACUCCCAGGUCCAGAAGUACCUGCAGCAGCUGUGGGACACCGUCCUCCUCGUGGCUCUGAUCCUCAGCACAGGAGUCAUCGUUCAGGCCCGGUGGCAGUACCAGGACCACCAGCUGAAUGACGACCUGGAGCUCCUUCCAAAACAGGACGUCCUGAAGCGAAUGUCGUCUCUAAAGACCAAAACAUAUCGUCAGCCCAAACCCUGGUGCGACCCGUCCCAGCCGGUGGAGACGGACAACUGCGCCGUCUGUCUGGAGCCGUUCAACAACAACCAGUGUCUGCGGGUGCUGCCGUGUCUUCACGAGUACCACAGAGAUUGUGUCGACCCCUGGCUGCUGCUGCAACACACCUGUCCUCUGUGCAAACGCAGCAUCCUCAGCAGCGUCUGCAAAGAGAGUUAACACUCACCUCCUCCUCCUGCUCCUCCUGCUCCUCCUGCUCCUCCUGCUCCUCCUCCUCCUCCUCCUGCUCCUGCUCCUCCUCCUGCUCCUCCGCUGCCGCCGCAGCAGCAGUACGACCUCCUCUGGGAACGAACCUCUCGUCCUUGGUGACACUCCAGUAGCCGACUUUUUAAAACUGACCUCGCCGCUUCCUCCUUC